CAGGUGUGCCAUGCUGCGGGCUAUCAAGUCAGCCUGGUGCAGGCCCCUGCCGAUCACAUGUCGGCCCAUGUCAGCCCAAACGCUUCCGCUUGCAAAGGGCACCUGGCAGGUCAGUUCGUAUGGAAGAUGCUGUAAUUCAAGGGGGAUGAUUGGUCUUGGAUCCUUGCAUGCAUCAGGCUACAGAAGAGUCCAAUUGACUGAGCAGCAGUGGUACGUGCAUCGUGUUGUGAAAUUGACCUUCCAUGGCCUUCCAGGAAACGAUGGUGCAUGGCAGGUGCACCACCGGGAUGGAAAUAAGGCAAACAACCGUUUGGAAAAUCUUGAGUUUGUCAGCAACUCCGUAAACGUGAAGCAUUCUCAUGCCGACCCUUCACGAGGCUGUGGCAGAUCCAAGAUCUCGAAGCCUGUUCUAUGGAGACCUGUUGGCUCAGAAAUUUGGCAACGGUAUGCUUCCGUCACAAGAGCGGCAGAACAGCUUGGCAUGGCAGUGUCCACUAUCUCAAGAUGUUGCACCCAGAGGUCCUCAGCAAAAGGCUUUGAAUUUAGAUUUGAGAAGGUGCUGGAGUCCGCCUUAGAAGGGGAGCAAUGGCGAAGUAUGCUUGAUCCAGCCACUGGCACCCCCGUACCUGGGAGGAUGGUGAGUUCUCUCGGUCGGGUGAGGCUUAAAAACGGCUUCACAUAUUAUGGCAGCCGGUUCCAAUCCGGCUAUUUUCAAACAAGCAUGCGUGAAAGGAAUGGCACAAGAAGAUGGCCUUUAGUCCAUCGCCUUGUGGCGGCUGCUUUCAUCGGGCCGUCGCCAACACCUGAACAGUGUAUUGUAAAUCACAAGGAUGGAAACAAGGGCAACAAUGCCGUUGAAAACCUAGAGUACACAACUCAAGCUGAAAAUGUAUCUCAUUAUUUUGCACGUGCUGGUGGCAAGUCAACAACACCCAAGUCAACAGCCAAACCUGUUUGGAGCAGAGCUUGUGGACGUGAAGAUGGAUGGGAGUGGCAUGCAUCGAUGAACAAAGCUGCAAAUGCACUUGGCUUAAACAGCAGUUCUGUCUCUGCUUGCGCCCGGGGACUGAUCAAGCAAGCUGGCGGUUAUGAAUUUUGGUUGGCAGACGUACCUGACAAUAAGCUGCUGCCCGGCGAAGAGUGGCGCCCAAUCGACUUCUCCCUACUGCAGAAGGAUAGGAAACUAAGAAGGAAGGCUGCUGGACUGGUGUAAUUCUCAGCAUUGAACAUCCCAUUAGCGAAAUGUUUUUUAACCAGUGGCAGCAGGGCCAGCCUGGAAAUUUUCAAGGGCCUCAUGUUGCAGAGUGCAGCUUGUCUUUGGGCCAGACCACGCUUGUCGUCAAGAGCAAAGCUUUGGAGCAAAGCAACUCCAACUCUACAACAGCGUAGGUCGCUGUACAGGCAGUUAACAAUGACCAACCUUGGCGAAAAA